AUGCCUGAGCCCGACACCGUCGCCGCCCAGGGCGGCGGCAGCAAUUCCAGCGAUUUUGUCCGCAAACUAUACAAGAUGCUGGAAGACCCUGCCUAUGCGAAUAUUGUGAGAUGGGGAAAUGAGGGCGACACCUUCGUCAUUUUGGAGACGGACAAAUUCACCAACGAUAUUCUCCCGAAACACUUCAAGCACAGCAAUUUCUCAAGUUUCGUUCGACAGCUGAACAAAUACGAUUUCCACAAGCUGCGUCGUAAUGACGAGAACAACGAGUCGCCGUACGGCAAGCAGGCCUGGGAGUUCAAGCACUCGGCCUUCCGUGCUGAUAGAAAGGACAACUUGGACAACAUCAGACGAAAGGCUCCCGCACAGAGGAAGUCGCAACAGACAGAAGAUCAGUUCACCACUAACCAGUCAAUCAAUUUACUGCAAGAGACCCUCUUUGCGCAACAGCAGCAGGUGCAGGCGCUGCAAGAGCAAGUAGCCGAGAUGUCGCGAACAAACAAGACGCUUGUCCAUGAGGUCCACACAAUGCACAAGAUAAUCGACGCCCAGCGACAGUCACAACACGAGUUGCUCAACUACAUGUCGCACGCCGAGGACAGGAUGAGAGGGCCCAGGUACCAUGGUCAGAACCCACAGAUGAACGGAGGUGCUAUCGACGAUCAAGCUCCCGAGCUGCGCCGGGCCAGGGAGCUCCUCUCCAGCGUAACGACGAACAGCAUGGUGGACCGAGAGCUCGAGAGACUGAACGGCAUGUAUGCGCAAAGCUCGCCGCCAGAUUCCGCCUCUUCCCUCAUGUUCCAGCCCGGAAACACUGGGAUCCCACCCAUGCUUGCUGAGCACAUGAACAUGCGUCACCUCGUCUAUCCCGUGGGCGAAAAUGUAGGCAUCGACCCAUUGUCCCAGGACCACUUCAAUAAUAUCCCUUACACCUUGAACUCCUUGCCGAUGAACGACUUCCAGGCCCAGCCCGUCGUCAAACCGGAACCCGGACCUGCCACGCCGGCCCCCGCGGCUGCGGCUGUGGCUACCGCGGCCGCGCCGCAACGCCCGCCUUCGAACGAUAAGGGUCUUUGGGGUUCGAAGAAGCCGAGGGUGUACCUGGUUGAGGACGACAGGACGUGCUCUAGGAUCGGUUCCAAGUUCCUGACACAAAUGGAGUGCAUCGUAGAACUGGCUGAAAACGGCAUCGACGCCGUCAACAGGUGUAAAGAAGUACCGUCCGGGCAUUUUGACCUGAUUUUCAUGGAUAUCGUCAUGCCGCAGAUGGACGGUGUUUCUGCAACGCAGUUGAUCCGCGAGGUCCACCCCGAUGUUCCUGUUGUCGCCAUGACCUCAAACAUUCGACCUGAAGACAUCAGCCACUACUUUAACUGGAGCCUCAACGAUGUGUUGGCGAAGCCGUUCACCAAGGAUGGUAUGCUGCGUAUUCUCCGAAAGCAUGUCCCUCACCUCCUCAAGAACGCACCACCGGAUGAGCUCGCCGUCGGCCACGGAGCGGCGCAGCUUCAUUCCAACAACACAAUGGGCGUGCCCCCGAUGAAUCCCCAGGUCAAGUUUGACUCGACGCCAGGCCAGUCCCCCGCGACAACGGCCUCCUGGCACUCACCCGGGCAAAUACACCAGCCGUCCCCCAAUGUUACCAAUAUCGAGACAGGAUAUCCCAUGGCGAACACGGCCCAAAUGGUCAUUACGCCAACGUCAGCCCAACGGCCAACGUUUCAGAACAUGCCGCCUGGGAUGCAGCAGAUGCGUGUGCCCGACCACCUCGUCGGCGAUGACCGGCCAGAGAAGCGGCAGAGGCUGUACGGGCCCCAAAGUGGAUACGCUUAA